AUGGUCACAGAAGCAGGUAUCAUCGGAAAGAUAGGGCUAAACGAAUUAGGCGUCGGUGUCUGUCUAAACGCCAUAAAAGUCCCAGGCUGUGACACGACGCGUAUGCCAGUUCAUCUGGCAUUACGUUUAGUACUGGAGAGUUCAUCUUCUGACCAUGCAGUUCAAGAGCUGGAGAAGGUUGGAUUAGCUGCGUCUGCACAUCUUCUAGUCGCUGAUAAAGAAAAAGCCUUUGGACUUGAAUCUACAGCAAAGACUAUAAUGUUGAUUACUGCAGAUGAACGUGGCCAAAUAUUUCAUGCGAAUCAUUUGUUGUUAGACCAUGAGGGUUCUGUUGAUGCGGGUUGGUUGGUGGAUUCGCCGUGUCGACAGCGACGGAUUCAGGAAUUGGCGACCAGGUAUGAUGUAUCGACUGAUCGAGAGCCGGGCAUGAGGGAUGUUACUUGUAUGUUGGAUGAUCAUGAUGGAUUUCCGUAUUCGAUUUGUCGGUAUGAGGAGGGUCCUCUGGGGAUGGAUGCUACGCUUUUUAGUAUAGUUAUGGAGCUUCGGGGUACAAAGGCUACUGUCUAUUUGGGGAGACCAUGCAAGCCUGAGGAGACAAUCUUUUUGGAUUUAUGA